ACCCCUUUAACUCCUUGUGGCCAUCAAAGUCCCUUUUAGUCUUUUUCAUUAAUAACGGCUGUUCUCACGCCGAAAAGCAACAAGUGGGAGAAAAAGACGACACAAGCAGUAAUUAUUCUCCCACUAUUCUGCCCGACUCACCCGACGGCCAUCACACUACCAUGUUUCUCCAAUCCAGGAUCCUCUGCUGAUAUCUUCUAUAUAAGAGAAUUCUCCUGGAUGACCCAUCAACCAUGGAGAGAGACAGGAACAAGAUGGCCGACAGGAUCAUAAACCUCACCCUACAGAUACUCUUCCGGCUUACUGGAGAGGAUUACACAGUAGUGAAGAAGUCCUUUAGUGGGCGCUGUCGGGCCCCUAUGUGUGAAGGAUGGGGAAGAACCCUGAGCCCAAUCCCGGGGCCCCCACCUCACUCCCUGAUACAUGAGGAAAUGGAUGAACAGAAGAUCCGAGAACUCAUCAACAAGAUGAUGGAGCUGCUGACUGGAGAGGUUCCUAUAAGGUGUCAGGACGUGGCGGUCUAUUUCUCCAUGGAGGAGUGGGAGUAUGUAGAAGGACACAAGGAUCAGUACAAGGAUCAGGUGAUGAUGGAGGAUCAGCAGCCCCUCACAUCACCAGUCAGAUCCAGUAAGAGAACAGCACCAGAGAGGUGUCCCCGUCCUCUUCUUCCACAGGAUGAUCAGGGAGAUUAUCUGAACAAUAUCAAUGCUCCAGCGAUUAAGGAAGAGGAAGAAGAGACAGAUGUGAGCAGUGAUGAGCAGUAUAAGGAUAACAUUCCUACAGGUAACCGUCUAAAUUCUUGUAUCAGGAGAUCAGAGGAGAAUCUUAUAUCUUCAGAUUAUAAAGCAGAUGAUGAUAUCACACAAGAUACAUAUGAAGAACAUUCCAUUAUCCCAGAUACACCCUCAGCCCUUCACAGCCAAGAUCUGUCAUCUCAUCCUUAUAUACAGGUCCUGUCUUCUCAUUCAUCACAGGAUAUUCAGCAAAAUAAGAGUCACAGAAGGGAUGUUGGACAUCAAAAAGCUAAUACAGGGAAAAAGCCAUUGUCAUGUUUAGAGUGUGGGAAAUGUUUUAAUUAUAAAUCAGAACUUGUUAGACAUCAAAUAACUCACACAGGGGAGAAGCCAUUUUCAUGUUCAGAAUGUGAAAAAUGUUUUACUGACAAAUCAAGUUGUGUUAAACAUCAAAGAACUCACAGAGGGGAGAAGCCAUUUUUCUGUGGAGAAUGUGGGAAAUGUUUUGUUUACAAAUCACAACUUGUUAAUCAUCAAAGAAUUCACAGAGGAGAGAGACCAUUUUCAUGUGCAGAAUGUGGAAAAUGUUUUACUUACAAAUCACAACUUGUUUAUCAUCAAAGAAUUCACACAGGAGAGAGACCAUUUUUAUGUGUAGAAUGUGGAAAAUGUUUUACUGAUAAAUCAAAACUUUGUUACCAUCAAAGAAUUCACACAGGGGAGAAACCAUUUUCAUGUUUAGAAUGUGGAAAAAGCUUUACUUACAAAUCAGAUCUUGUUAAGCAUCAAAGAAUUCACACAGGGGAGAAGCCAUUUCCAUGUUCAGAAUGUAAUAAAUGUUUUACUCACAGAUCACAUCUUCUUACACAUCAAAGAAUUCACACAGGGGAGAAGCGAUUUCCAUGUUUAGAAUGUGGAAAAUGUUUUACAAGUAAGUUCAGUCUUGUUAAACAUCAAAAAACUCAUUCAGGAGAGAAUCCAUUUUUAUGUUUAGAAUGUGGGAAAUAUUUUACUCAGAAAUCAGAUCUUGUUAGGCAUCAAAGAAGUCACACAGGAGAGAAGCCAUUUUCAUGUCCAGAAUGUGGGAAAUAUUUUGCUGAUAAUGGAAAUCUUGUUCAUCACAAGAGAAGUCACACAAAGGAGAGACCAUAUUUAUGCUCAGAAUGUGGAAAAUGUUUUAUUCAUAAAUCAGAGCUUAUUAAACAUCUAAGAACUCACACAGGAGUGAAGCCAUAUUCAUGUUCAGAAUGUGGGAAAGGUUUUGCUCAGAAACCAAAUCUUGUUAAACAUCAGAGAAUUCACACAGGAGAUAAGCCAUUUUCAUGUUCAGAAUGUGGGAAAUGUUUUAAUAGCAAAUACAAUCUUAACAAACAUGAGCGAACUCACUCAGGAGAGAAGCCAUUUCAUAAGUAGAAUGUGGGAAAUGUUAUAUUCAGAAAUCAAAACUUAUUAGACUUCGAAAAGUCUGUUAUUUUUCUUCAUUGUG